GCGGACCCCAAUCUCCGGCCGGGGCCAUGCCGCUGCCGCGGGGCAAGGCGAGGCCGGCCGCGGCGCCGACCAGGAAGGGCAGCAGGUCGAAGCUCGAGCGGGAGGUGGAGCGGCUGGAGGAGGUGCUGCGGGAGGAGACGGCGCUGCACGCCAUCCUCGACCACGCGCUCCACCACGCCGCCGUCACGCUCGCCGACAUGUCAUACCUCCCCGCCCACGCGCAGGAGCUGCUCGCCAGCAUCUCCGCGAUGGAGGCCGGCGUCGCCAAGCUGGAGGAGGAGAUGGUGGCGCUGCACUUCCAGCUCACCCAGGAGCGCAACGAGCGCCGCCUCGUCGAGUACCGCGCCAAGCAGCAGCGGCAGCGGCCCGCCGCCUGCUGCUCCCACCGCGCCGCCAAAUCCGAGACCGACGACGCGGCGAGCGUGAAGCCCAGCAGAGGCGACAAGGUCCACCCCUGCGCCGCCGCCCCACCACUGCACCGGCAGCUCUCGUCAACGACCCUCUGCGCCGGCGGGGGCGCGGACCCGAGCCGCCUGUCGGAGGACAUCGUGCGCUGCAUGCGCAACAUCUUCAUCUCGCUCUCGGACUCCCGCAGGGAGGCCUCCAGGCCCAGGACGAGCAGCAACCCCUCCUCCCUCGACAGCCAGCGGUCCGCCCCGUCGCCCAGCGGGAUCUCCGCCUUCUGGUCCCUCGCCGAGCCCUCCGCCAUCUCCUCCUGGGUGCAGAGCCCGCAGGUGGACCUCAACCAGAACAACAGCCUGCUCGCCUCCGAGACGGUCUUCGAUCCGUACAAGGCCAGGGAGAAGCUCAGCUGGGCGGAUAUCGGGAGCUAUGGCGCGGCGUCUGAGGUUUCCUGGAUGUCCGCCGGGAAGAAGCAGCUCGACUAUGCUGCAGAGUCGCUACGGAAAUUCAGGCUGCUAAUUGAGCAGUUGGCAGAAGUGAACCCUGUUCAUCUCAACGACGACGCGAGAUUGGCGUUUUGGAUCAACUUGUACAACGCAUUGUUGAUGCAUGCCUAUCUUGCCUACGGUGUUCCACGAAGUGAUAUGAAACUGUUUUCACUAAUGCAAAAGGCCGCGUACACAAUUGGAGGGAAUUCAUUCAGUGCAGCAUUCAUCGAGUAUGUUAUUUUGAAGAUGAAACCACCGAAUCACAGACCACAGAUGGCUCUGCUUCUUGCUCUUCAGAAGAUAAAGGCACCCGAGGAGCACAAGAAGUUCUGCAUUUCGGCACCUGAACCACUUCUGACGUUUGCUCUGAGCUGUGGAAUGUAUUCUUCUCCCGCGGUGAAGAUAUACACCGCCAGCAACGUAAGGGAAGAGCUCCAGGAUGCACAACGCGACUUUAUUAGAGCAUCAGUAGGAGUGAGCCGAAAGGGGAAGCUUCUGAUCCCUAAAAUGCUGCACUGUUUUGCGCGAGGAUUUGUUGAUGACAACAGCUUCCCUAUCUGGAUAUCACAUUUUCUGCCCCAGCAGCAGGCUACUUUUGUUGAGCAUUGUGUGUCUCGGAGGCGGCAAAGCCUCCUAGGCACCCGGACUUUCGGCAUCAUUCCGUUUGAUUCUCGGUUUCGGUACCUCUUCCUGCCUGAUAUGGGAUCAUCAAACUGAACUGACUGACUGAAGAAAACAACAGCAUCGCCUCUGCAAGCAAGCCCUAUUUGUUGGCGGUUGAACCAGGCUGCUCCAGCAAGUGCACACGUGUGUUUCGGGCUAACAGGUCUAUAUCCAGUGAUCAUGGGACUGCAGCAGGUUUGUUUCAACACUGAACCACUGUGCAACAGCUGGGUUAAAAACUGGCAAAACUGGUGUCCUAAGGUGUCAGAUGUAAAUCUUGAUCAUGUUUUAGUAGGCUAGUUCGCCUCGACAUCUUGUCGAUUCAGUGCAAAAUUUCGUGUAUGUUGUCGACUAGAAAAAUGAAAGCGAAGAUCCCGGUUAAAG